AUGUAUAAUUCAUUGACGCGUCAUCGACCAUCUGCGCAGGACCAGUGUUUCUCCGCGUUCUCAACGAUGCUUGCGCGCCUGGUACCCGUCGUGCUGGUGACCUUAGCUGCCGGGGCAGGUCUCACUGAGGCAUACUACGCGCCCACCAAAAAGUUCGAGGUACCCGAGUCCGCCUACCAGCAGUACGUGCAUCUAGCAGUAGAACUGGCGCGCUUCAAGUCACAGGGCCGGCGACCGGCCUUGUACCUGCUGGGCCCGAGGAGAGUUUAUUGGCCGAAAGGAAAAAAUAACAUAGUCGUGCUCACCAUUGACGUCACCGACUCGACCUGCAACAGGUGGCCAAGGGAUCCACGGAACUUCCACUGUAAGCCAAGGGUACCCUCGCCCGUAUAUUACUGCAAAGGCAGAAUACUGGUGAGAAAAGGAGUGGAGUUCAUCAAACUUUUGUGGACAAAGUGCUGGAGAAGCACCUGUAGGAAACGUGACUACGUCGGCUACGCCUUUUGAAAGUAAAGAUAAUAUAUUGUGUA